AUGUCAUUUGCUGGACAUGUAGGUGUUAAUGUGAACCUUGCAAACAUCAUACAAAACAACGAUAUUAUCAGAGUUCUUUUUAACGAAGAGCUUGGUGCAGUCAUCCAAAUUAGACAACAAGACUUUGAACGAUUGGUCCAAAUAUUUACUGAUGAAGGAUUUCCUCGCAACGAUAUUCAUCAUAUUGGCGAGAUAACAUGUGAUCACCAAGAUAUUUUCAUAAUGACGGGCGAUUCAAUAUUGUUUAGUAUUUCUCGCAUUGAGUUGCAACGUAUGUGGUCUGAGACUUCUUAUCAUAUACAAUCAUUGCGUGAUAAUAGUACAUGUGCCAAAGAAGAAUUUGAUAGUAUCUUAGAUAUGGACAAUCCUGGAUUACAUUAUAAAUUGACAUUUGAUCCUGCUGAUGAUGUAUCUUUGCCUUUACUAAAAUCACCAACGACACGACCAAAAGUAGCUAUUCUUCGUGAACAAGGAGUGAAUGGCCAUACGGAAAUGGCUUUUGCAUUUUAUCUUGCAGGAUUUACUGCAAUCGAUGUUCAUAUGUCCGAUAUACUUUCAGGUGAUAUAACACUUUCGGACUUUAAGGGAAUCGCAGCUUGUGGUGGUUUCUCUUACGGAGACGUAUUAGGAGCCGGUUCUGGUUGGGCCAAAUCUAUACUAUUGCACCCCAAAGCCCGACAAGAAUUUUUAGAUUUUUUUCAGAAUCGGCAAGAUACAUUUGCAUUGGGCGUAUGUAAUGGAUGUCAAUUUUUGAGUCAAUUAAAAGAAUUAAUCCCCGGUACAGAAAAUUGGCCUUUAUUCAAAAGAAACAAAAGCGAGCAAUUUGAAGCUCGGUGUAGUUUAAUUGAAAUAACUUCAAGUAAUACAAACUCAAAACCAUCAAUAUUUUUCAAUGGGAUGCAUUCAUCAAUAUUUCCUAUAGCUGUUGCACAUGGCGAAGGUAGAGCAGAGUUUUCUAAUAACGAACAGUUAAAAAAACUAAUAGCUCAAGGCCUUGUCGCAGUGAGGUUUGUAGAUAAUUACGGAAACCCAACUGAAAAGUAUCCAUAUAAUCCAAAUGGAAGUCCAUUGGGAAUUACAGGCAUUCAGACACCAAAUGGAAGAGUGCUGGGUAUGAUGCCACAUCCUGAACGUGUAAUCCUUAAGGAGGCGAAUUCGUGGUAUCCUGUUGAAGAGGGUAAAAAGUGGGGUGAAGUUGGACCUUGGUUAAGAAUGUUUAGGAAUGCCAGGGUUUGGGUGUGCUAA